UGGUCCUAACCUCAAUGUAAUACUUUUUUUAAAUUCCUGAUUAAAGGAUGAAUAUUGAAUUCCUAAAUAUACAAAAUAGAUAUAUAAUAUUAGCUUAUUAGUAGGUCAAUGGAGUUGUACAUUUGUGAAGUUUCGAAUGGAAUAUUAGAAAACAAUUAUUUGCUGAUUUAAUUAUUUGCUAUUACAUAUGCAUUGAAUUUAUACGAAUUUCAAUGAAUAUAAAAUUCCCUGAUGGAACUUUGCUGUCGUGAAUCAAAAAGUGAAGACAUGGAUAUGAACCAAGAUAACUAUUUUUCCUAUCUCAAUUUGAAGAAAUCAGGCUCUACUUUGGAUGAGAAAUGUCAAGAGGAAGUGAUUACUGUUAGAAGAACUAGAAGAGUUCUUUAUAAGUGUACCGAGAACAACGGCAAUAAGCAAAAAGGUGGAAGUGUUGGUAAUAAAUCUGAAGUCGAAGAAAAAAUAUCAUGCAGAAAGAAAAAGCAAUUGCUUAAUAUUUCCAUACCGCCAAAUAAUGAGAUGGAAAAGAACCAAAAUAACUUCGAAAAGACAAAUUUAAAUACUGGAAAGUUUGAGGAGCUUGAAGAGCAAGAAUUAAGUGAAUAUAUUACAGAAACAUCAGAAAAAGAAUAUUUCAAUGGUUUCUCAAAUUCAGAUAGGAGGCAAGAAAAUUCAAAUUGCAAUCCGUUAUCUGAAACAGAGGUAUUUCUAGAAUCAUUGAAAUUGAAGAAAAUUGAUAUUUCUCCUGAUAAAAAGCAAGCAGUCAAAAGACCUUUGAGAGAACCAGUUCAACAUAUUCUAGACGAAGUGUAUAAAUACACUGAUUUUAAGAACAUUCCAUGUAAGAAAAGAAAAAUUGUUCAAGGUUUCUUAAGCCCAACUGUUGACAAAACAACAUCUGAAUUCAGUAAAAAUCUGAAAGAAAAAGGAUUCCUGAAUGAAGAAUUUAAAGUUGAAAUAGGAAAAGUUUCAAAUGACUAUAUACCAAGAAUAAGUGAGAACAGUUAUGCCACAAUGAAUUUAAUGCAUACUCCUGAAAUAACACUCUCUAAUAUUUCUCCACUUAGGACUGAUCUUGACGAUGAGGCAGAAUUAAUAGAGGCAAGCGAAAAUUUACAUCUCUAUAUCCCAAAAUCUAAUAACUCACUAGAAGAUGCAAUCUUCAUACAAAAAAUAAAUGAAAAAACAAUUGAACCAAAUUCUACUACCCAAGAUUCACAUUCUAACAAAAAUGAGGAAUUGUCAAAAGCAGUCGAAAAAUGUAAUGGUAAAAUUGCUACAAUAACGAAUUUCUGGAAACAUUUGAUGCACUAUGAGAAAAAUAUAAAAGAUCUUACUGCAGAAAUAUGUAAACCAUUUGUUUCAGAUUUAGCAACGCAAUGUGACGCUACAUCAGUUAUUGAACCAAAAGUUGAACUUGUAACAAAUGUUGAUGAUGAAGAUUCUACUAGAAUAAUUAUAGAAUCGAAUGAAGUUCAUGCGACAAAACAAAAUGAGUGUAUUGGAGCUAUUUUAGAGCCAUUUAUAGAAGUGAAAGUUGAAGAUAAAUGUCCAGAAAAUGAUUGUGCAUUAGAAAAAUCAUUAGAAACUGAAUCUUUACAGCUUAUAAACAAUGAAGAUGUGAUACCAAAGGAAAAUGAAGAAGAGACAAAAAAUGAGCAAGAGGCAGAGGUUUAUCAGAAGGAAGUUGAAAAGUCACCUGAAGAAGAAAAAAAAAGUGAGGUUUCCCCGAGAAAAACAAGUUGUUCUUUAGAGCAUGUAAGUCAUACUUUGACAAAUAAAGAACAAUCUCAUCCAAAUAUAGAUGAAAUGAAGAGCAAGCUUUCUACAACUAGAAAAAGAUACAAUAUUCUGAAGGAAAAUAUUUUGAAGAAAAUCAAGUCUUUUUCAAAUUUAAAAAUUUCAAAGAAGAAUAAAAGUUCUACGAAAAUAAGAACAGAAGAACCAGCGAAUUAUGAAAAUCGAUCUUUAAUUAACCCUUUAAGAAUUGUUGAUGCAGAGUUGAUAGCAAACAAUAACUUGCAAAUAAAACAAGAAUUAAUAAAUUUUUCAGAGCAAGAACAACCAGUAACAGAUAAUUCUUUUGAAAUGGAAUGCCGGGAUUGUCCCACUCCAAUGAUAAUAAGGAUAGAUAAACCAUCAUACAAUCAGAUAUCACAAACUGAAGAAUUACAAAUAAAUGAUCUCCUUUUCACAAUUAGAAACCUUUCAGAGUCUGUACAGAAAGAAGUAGAAUCAUGUAAUGAUUGCCAAAUCUUGGAAGUAAAAGAUGAAUUCGAACCGGAUAAAGAGCCAAUCCAGUUUGAGGCCAUCCAUUAUGAUAAAACACCAAACCUGUACCUUGGCAUCCACAUUAGGAAAUACUGUAAUUUCUGCAAUGUUGGAUACAUCAAUGAAUAUUCUCUCAAAAAGCAUAUGCUUCGUUGUAAGUCAAACCCCAAGAACACUAAGGAAGAUUCAAUGAGGUUAUUUUACUGCAAAUAUUGUAAUUUUGGAAUCGCCAGUGAGGUUAAUUUCGAAAAACACGAAGAAACAUGCCGAAAGGAAUUAGUGUGUGGAACAAGCUCCUUAUCUACCACAGACAGCACCAAGAAACACAGCCCGAAAAAACCAAGUUUAGAGUGUCCUCUUUGCGACUACACCUCGUCCAAUGCCGGUCACAUGACAGUCCACCGAAGAACACAUGAUAAUGUGCCUCUGUGUGUUUGUGAUAUUUGUCUGAAAGGGUUCAGUAGAUUUGAUGCGCUACAAAGGCACAUGUUCAAACACAUGGAUUUUGCGGAGGACGUGGAAGAGGUAGAAAAGGAUUUUGUGUGUAACGGGGGAGCGUUGAGGACUACCCUCAAAGUGAAAAUAAGAAAUAAGCCCUUUACGAUCCUGAAAUACCAGUGUUUAGAGUGUAAAUAUGCGACGACUGUUCGAGUUAGCAUGGAACAACACUUCAACUCGAUGCAUUUGAACAUCGUUAGCUUCAAGUGCAGCAUGUGUCCUUUCACCACUAAAUUGAAGACGAAUUUGAAGCAGCACUUGAAUUGGCAUUUGAGAGAAAAAGUUUACAGGUGUUCCCAUUGUCCUUACGAAACAAUUAAUAAAAGUUACAUCAAAAAGCAUGAGAAUCAGGUUCACCUUAAGGCCAUUUCGUACGAAUGUAAUUUCUGUGUUUUUAAAACUUAUCGCAAGGAAAAUCUUAAAACUCACAUAAACAGUAUGCAUUUAAAGGCAAAGAAAUUUUCUUGUGACGAGUGCAAUUAUUUUUCUUAUGUACAGUCCAAUCUGAUCGCUCAUGUUAAAGGAAUCCAUCAAGGUAUUAAGAGGAGACGGAAGUAGAAUUUAUUUUCUGAAUAUAUGUAAAUGUUGUUUUUUUUUUUAUUUAUUUGUCAGGCUAACUUGUUUGCCAUUGUUCAAGGUGAUAUAUUUAGAAGAAACAAAUAUUUUUAUAAUAAAGUGUUGUUUUGUUUAUAA